AUAUUUUUAGGGCUCAAUCCAAAGCUCAUCAGUCUUUUGGCAGUUAAAAAACAGAAUCAUAAUUUUAGAUAAGUUUAGUCAGCAGCUUGACAGCUGAAAGAGGAAAACCUUUUAUUCUUCCUAGAUACAGUCAUGUCACUGUGUGGGUCAAACUCUGAGAGGGUGAUGCAAAAGUCUUAACAAAAUGCCUACUUUUUCACCUCUGCUAAAUAUUUCUCUGACAUUUGUUUGACUGUCAUCUAUCAAGAUGGAGCUGUACAUAAUCAUUCUCACCCUUACUGUUGUUCUUUCAGCUGAUGCUGAAUUGUUACAUGAAUAUUUUGGAAUUCAUGGAUGCUCUGAGACAGAUGGAGAGGAUAUGCAUGGAAUUGAUGGAGAGGAAAUGUGGCAUGCCGACUUUAAUCAGAAGAGUGGAGUAGUAACAUUACCUGAUUUUGGAAAUCCUAUGGUAUUUCCUGGUUUUUAUGAAAAAAGUGUUAUUGAAAUGAAAGGAUGCAAAAGUGAUGUAGCCACUUUGACUAACAUUUUCAAGAGCCCACCACCAGAAAUGGAUGCACCCCAAACAUCCAUCUAUCCAAAGGAUGAUGUGCAGCUGGGUGUUCAGAACACCCUUGUCUGUCAUGUGACCGGCUUCUAUCCUCCAUCUCUCAGCAUCUCAUGGACUAAGAAUAAUGUUAAUGUGACAGAGGGUAUGAGUUUAAGCCAGUACCGCCCAAAGGCAGAUGGUACCUUCAACGCCUUCUCUACUUUUAGGUUUACACCUAUUGAAGGAGACAUUUACAGCUGCACGGUGAACCACAUAGCCCUCCAGGGUCAACCUCAGACCAAAACAUGGGAUGUUGACAUCGCCCUCCCAAGUGUUGGUCCAGCAGUGUUCUGUGGAGUGGGUCUAACUCUUGGACUGUUGGGAGUCGCAGUUGGAACUUUCUUCCUCAUUAAAGGAAACAACUGCAACUGACCUGGGGUGCGUUUCCCAAACAACAAUGUAACUUUCUGCUGAACUACCAUAGUAUGAUGCAUCAUUGACCAAAUCAACUAGCUAGUCAUGACUGUUUCCCGAAACCAUAUUGUCGUAAACCUGUCAUUCAACCACGUUGGUGGGUGACGUCACGCAGGUGGUGAGAAAUAACUUCUUUAAAUGAAUCCGUUUGAGAUCAAAUUAAUGCUGGAUUUUUUUGCUAUAAAUUACAGACAUGGCAUUAGAGGACUAAUUCUCAUUUUUCUCAGUUAUUUUGCUUUAUUUCCAGAUUAAAUCAAGUGCUUGUUCUAGAGCAUGUACGCACAUGCGCACUCUUCAAAAACGGUGCUUAAAAUCU